CGAAAGAAGAAGUGCGCGAGCCGUGCGCGUGGCAUUGCGCUUGUUCUUCCGGGGGAGCGUUGAGGGCUGCCGUUAGCCUGGUCAUCGGCGCAUCCUCGGCCUUUGGAGAGACCGUCAUUUGAACGCGCACCGCCUGGUUACCGCCAUGGGGAUCUGGGACGACGACGCGUUCCACAACGUCCUCUCCUUCGCGCUGUUCACCAUCUGCGCAUUACUGGUGGGCGUGCUCGUAUGGGUGCUGCUGCGCCGGUUGCGGCGCCAGCGGGAGAUGCGCGACCAGGAGACCAUGACAGUCGAGCCGAGUGUCAAGCCGGCCAGCAUCGCCGACUCGGUUUCGGGCACGGGCGCCAGCCACAAAGAAAGCACGCUGCAGAUACCAGGCGUGGACGCGCACGAGACCACCAAGGGCCACCAGAGGUCGAGCGUCGGUGAAGGGCCGCAUCUGGCCUACUCACAAGCACCGACCACGACUGCUGCCCCAGAUACCACCAAGUCCCCGCCACCACGCGGCGCGGAACAAAUCCCUGAAGCCAAAGCCGAAGCCAAAGCCGAAGCCAAAGCCGAAGCCAAAGCCGAAGCCAAAGCCGAAGCCAAGGAGCAGUCGUCCGCGUUCUGUGCAACUUCACCCGGCGAUUCCAGGCAGACGAGCGUUCUCACGAGCAAGUCCAAGCGGCACCACCACUCCCAUUCCAAAAAGUCACUGGAGAGCGGCAAGGCUGAGAAAGAGGAUGGCAAGGGACGGAAGAGCAGCGCCGCCUCGAAGACUGGCUCAAAAACCGGCUCGAAAGUUGGCUCGAAAGCCGGCUCGAAGCCGCCGUCGAGGCGCAGCUCAGUGCAGCAUUCGCAAGCAUCGGCCGGCAAAGCGGGCGCGGUGGACGGCAAGGGCGCCUCUUCGAAAGUGCCGGCGUCGAUGCCCGCAGUUCCCGCGCUCCUGAUCAGGCGGCCGUCCACGGACUCCAAGAGUUCGCAACGCUCGAACCGCUCGACGCGCUACGUGCGCGAAACGCCCAAGGUUCCGCCGCCCUUGGACAUCUUCUCGAGGGAGCACUCGUCGAUGGCCGAGUCGCCGCCCUCCAACCCUAUCAAAAGUCCGCCGCAGGCUGGUGUGGUGGCGACCGGACCAGCGAAGCCUCCCGAGGCGCCUCAAGCCUCGUCCACCACGGAGGCGCCCGAGAAGCCUCCCGCGGAGGCCACGACUGAGGGCCACUGAACGCCGUCUACCCUGUUUUCGCUUCAUUUUUAUUCAAGCGGCUGUUUCAUAACGCGCGUUUUGUCCUAUUAAAACGCGUGAUCUU